AUGUGGUCGUCGUGGAGCCGGCGGAAGCCAGCCGCCGGGCGGCUCACGCAUUCCCCGUCGUUAUCCUCGUCUGCCACGUCGCCGUCCAAAGAGCACAGCGGCAUCGGCUCCGUCCUUGACGAUGCGGCGGCACCCCCCGCCGGCGGAGGCAAGAUCGUCCUGCACCGCGUGCGGUCGUCGACCAAGCUACGGACGUGCAAGUCGUUCGCGGCGGCCGAGGAGGCAGCGGCGGCCGCGGUGGCGGCCGAGCGGCGUGUCGUGCUCUACUUCACCUCCCUACGAGCCGUGCGGCCCACGUUCGAGGCCUGCCGCGACGUGCGCGCCAUCCUGCGCGGCCUCCGUGUCGGCGUCGACGAGCGGGACGUGUCCAUGGACGCGGCGUUCCUCACCGAGCUCCGCGCGCUGAUGCGGCGGGACCAACCGCCGCUGCCGCAGCUAUUCGUCGCCGGACGGCUCGUCGGAGACGCGGAUGACGUGCGCGCGCUGCACGAGAGCGGGGAGCUCCGGCGCGUCGUGGCCGGGGCGCCGCAACUUCCACCCACGCCGUGCGCGUCCUGCGGCGGCUCGCGGUUCGCCCCCUGCGUCGCGUGCGGCGGCAGCCAUCGCUGGUUCAGCGAGAAGACUAGGGGGUUCCGUGUCUGCGCAGCGUGCAACGAGAACGGCCUCGUGCGGUGCACCGCAUGCUCCCGCGGCUGAAGCUCCUCACAUAUCGGAGGCGACCAUAUCGCGCAUGGAAAUGGAAGUGCUGGCUACCUCAAUUAUCAAAUGUGCCUGCCCCAUUCGAUUGAAAUCCAAAGGAUAUGUUCCUCAAACCGUGUGAUUUGUGUGAAGAUCGAUGUUUGGACGUGGUUCAAGCUUAGCUGAUGUUCAUGAAUAGAAAGAUCGAUUAAUUAAAAGGAGGAUAAUUGCAGAUUUCUCACCCUUUUGUUUUCAUGGAAAUUGGAUGAAAUCGUAGUUGAAGUAAUAACCUGCGGAAG